AUGACGAGAAAUUACCUUUAUUGUUUAAUAUCCAUCUAUUGCAUUUUUGUCUCAUCUCAAAACAUAUCAUCGCGAGAUACAGUAUAUAUAUUAAAUCUUAAAAUAAAUCCCUCCAAGAUAUAUCACUCCAAGAUAUCAUUCAUUUAUGAAGAACUGAAGGCCUUUGAAGAUAAAGAUUCAGCAUGCAUGUUACCUUAUUUUCAUCUACAAUUGAUGGAUAAAACAGGAAAAAUAAAAUAUAUGGAUUUUAAUUACACUUUUCCUGAAGCAGUUUGUCCCAUUAAUAUGGAUAUUUUACCCUUAAUUGAUAAUCAUGUAAUAAUAGUUUAUCUUAAAUCAAACAAUGGUGUUAAGGGAAAAUAUAACAUAAUAAUUAAUUACAGCAACGAGUCUAUAAACUUAUUAGUAUUGAAAAAUCAGAUGAAGAAGGUCAGUAUAGCAACAUGGCGUUGGUUUAGCAUACUACCAGAUAUUACAACAGGAGAAGUGGUGGAACGUAAAAAUGGUGAUUUUUAUACACCAAACCUAUUAUCAUAUACCUUGGUAAAUGUGAAUCUGUACUUCUCUUAGGAAUGAUACAUAAACUCUCCAGUAUUGAAGAUUUGGAUCUUUUAUUACUGAUGAUCCUUUAUUUAAAAUAUACAUAAAAC